GGGUAAGAAGGUCAAAGUUGAAAUCCAAGAUGGAGGACACGCGUGCGAAAAUUUGAAUCCGUUUUUUCUUUCGCUUUUCUUCUAAAAUUUCUGUCUUUCCAGAAAGCGUAGAUACUUGCGAUAAGUUGUCCGUGAACGUCGCUAAGAUGUUGAAGUCGAAGACGUUUGUGAAGAAGACGAGGAAGGGAGGGGUGAUGAAGAUAGUACGGGAGCACUACCUCCGGGACGACAUCUGGUGCGGCUCGGCGGCGUGUGCGUGCUGCCCCCAGGACAGGCCCGUACUGGAGGCCGGGCCGGAGACAGACAGCUCGCUGUGUGGAUUUCCGCAUUACCUCAUACCGGACACGAACGUCGUCUUACAUCAGAUGGACGUGCUGGCUGACUCUGCCAUCAGGAAUGUGAUCAUCCUGCAGACUGUCCAACAGGAGGUCCGACACAGGAGCGGGACAACCUACCAACGUCUGAGGGACCAGUCCAACAACACUGACAAAAACUUCUACGUCUUCACUAAUGAACAUCACAGAGAAACUUACACAGAACGUGAACAAGGGGAGUCGUCCAAUGACUACAAUGACCGCGUGAUCCGGGUAGCGACCAGGUGGUACAACAAACACCUGCAGGAGAACAGGAAGGUCGUUGACGCCCCUCAGAUCAAGGUCGUACUGCUGACCAAUGACAGGGAAAACAGGGAGAAGGCACAGAAGGAAGGACUGUUGGCGUAUACUGUACACCAAUACGUGAAAGGUCUGAGAGGGAACCCAGAACUGGUAGACAGACUGGCACAAGUGGACAUGGGGGAUAGUACUGAUAGUGAUAUCAAGAAUGAGGCUACAGGACGAGUCUUGUUCCCAGAGCACCUUCCGCUCUCUCAGCUCCAGACCGGGAUCAAGAAUGGCAAGUAUCUCCAGGGGAACUUCAUGGCCAGCAGAGAGAACUACCUGGAAGCUAACGUACUGGUACAUGGGGACGAUUCCAAAUCUGUCUUCAUCCAGGGCCACGCCCAUCUGAACCGUGCGGUGAACGAGGAUGUGGUUGCCGUGGAGAUGCUGCCUGAGGACCAAUGGAAAUGUCCGUCCUCCAUGGUGCUGCAGGACAAGGAUGGGGAUGAGGAGACAUCUGAGCCAGAUUUGGGCUCCCCAAAGAGCAGGAGCAAUGCUAUCCCAUCAGGCCGUGUGGUGGGCAUCAUCAAAAGAAACUGGCGGCCAUAUUGUGGUGUGCUGCAGCCUUCUGGGAUUAAAGAGGCUACUAGACAUCUGUUCAUGCCAGCUGAGAGGAAGAUUCCCAAGAUCCGCAUUGAGACCAGACAGGCAGAGACACUCCAGGGACAGAGGAUAGUGGUCAGCAUAGAUGGCUGGCCAAGAAACUCUAGAUACCCAAAGGGUCAUUUUGUUCGCAAGCUUGGUGAGGUUGGAGACAAGGACACAGAAAACGAGGUCCUUCUGUUGGAACACGACGUGCCGCACCAGCCCUUCUCACAGGCCGUACUCAACUGUCUACCCAGCAUGCCCUGGGGCAUCACCAAGGAGGACCUAGCCUGUAGAGAAGACCUACGUGACAUCCCCAUCUGUAGUGUGGACCCUCCCGGCUGCACAGAUAUCGAUGAUGCGCUACACUAUCUGGAAAGGCCCAAUGGUAACGUGGAGGUUGGAGUUCACAUUGCUGAUGUCACCCACUUCAUCCGCCCUAACACUGCACUUGACCAGGAGGCAGCUAACCGAGGCAAUACUGUGUACCUGUGUGAUAAGAGAAUAGACAUGGUACCAGAACUGCUCAGCUCCAACAUCUGCUCACUUAGAGGCAAGGAGGAAAGAUUUGCCUUCUCGUGUAUAUGGGAAAUGACCAAAGAUGCAGAGAUUGUGUCUACAAGGUUCUGUAAAAGUGUUAUCUGCUCCAAGGCUGCGUUGACGUACGCUGAAGCCCAGUUGAUGAUUGACGAUAAAAACAGGAACGACCCGGUGACAUUUGGACUGCGUGGACUGAAUGCACUGGCCAAGAUUCUCAAGAAACGCAGAAUAGAUGCAGGAGCUUUGACCCUAGCCUCUAUAGAGGUACGUUUCCAUGUGGACAGUGAGACCCACGAUCCCAUUGAUCUAGAGACUAAAGAACUGAGAGAGACAAACUCCAUGGUAGAAGAGUUCAUGUUGCUGGCUAACAUCUCUGUAGCGAGGAAGAUCCUGAGUGACUUCCCAUCCUGUGCCAUGCUGCGCAGACAUCCCCAACCUCCCCCGUCUAACUACGACAUUCUCAUCAAGGCAGGCAAGUCCAAGGGAGUAGACAUUGAGACAGACACCUCCAAGGCUCUGGCGGUGUCGCUGGACCAGGCCACCCUCCCCAGCGAGCCGUACUUCAACACCCUGCUGCGGAUCAUCUCCACACGCUGCAUGAUGCAGGCGCUCUACUUCUGCAGCGGAACUCUCCCCGAGACGGACUACUUCCACUACGGGCUGGCCACACCCAUCUACACUCACUUUACCUCUCCUAUCAGAAGAUACUCAGACAUCAUCGUUCACCGACUGUUAGCUGUAAGCAUCAGUGCCGACAAGUCCUACCCUGACCUGCUGGACAAGUACAAGUCUCAGGCCCUGUGUAACAACCUCAACUUCCGACACAAGAUGGCUCAGUAUGCCGGCAGGGCGUCUGUCCAGCUCCACACACAGCUCUUCUUUAAGAACAAGGUGACAGAGGAGGAAGGCUUUGUCUUGUUUGUGAGAAAGAAUGCAGUCCAGGUUCUCAUCCCCAAGUUUGGUUUCGAGGGAACGAUCUUCCUGAAGGCACAGGAGGGGAGAGGGGAGGACAGCCCGUUUGUGUUUGACGAAGAGGAGUCGUCACAGACUGCAGGUGAGGUGAAGCUGCGGAUGUUUGACCGUGUGGUGGUGCAGAUCACCGUGGAAACAUCCCACAUCCAGCACCAGAAACUCAGGAUCAGGCUCGUCAAGCCAGAGGUUCCAGGGUUCAGUGUCCCUCCAGUCAACAUCAGUGAUAACCUGGAACCUCCUGUCAAAAAGGUUAAAACGUGACCUUUUGCACAUGGUGUAACGGCAAAUUGACAUUUCUAAUCUACGUCAUAAUAAGUCCCUCAGACGUUUGUAGCUGACAUGUGGCUCAGUUUCUUUCCCCUUUUUAAAGUCCAUCAAAACAGUAUUACUGAGUUAUUCUCCAUGCUAGAGCUGGCCUAAAUGUCAGCUGUCAGUGUUCUUGAAGCCGAUAUCACAGAGCAGAAAAAUAGCUCACCAGACAGGUCUGUAUUAAAGUUAUAAAAGGAGAGUUUUGGCAGAAAUAUGCCCAGUGCAAUGCUAUCACUGUACGAUUUUGAGGAAUCUCCCAAAGUUCACAGAUCACUAAGUCCAAUGUAAUGUUAGAUUUUCGGGCCAAAAAUAUGCUGGACUUUCUGGUGAUCUCAACUGCACUUUAUAAAGGCAAAAAGGUCAAACUAUUAUUGUAGUGCCAUUAUCUCUGAUAUACAGUUAGUUGCACCCCCUCUCCAGUGAUCAUUGUUUAGUAGACUUUGCUGACAUGUGCCUGGAUAAAGUGA